CUCGUCUGCACAAUGGCUUCUCUGCUUCGGUUGUUCUGAGCGCUUGAUCUUGACCUUAACCUUGAGUUCCACAUCAAGAUAACCAUGAUUGAUUCGUGUAUUGUUGUUCUAAUUGUGCAGCACGAGUAAGGUGCCCACUUUCCAUGUCAUCCGCGAGGUCUACGACAGCUCCAAUGCCCAUGAAAGAUUCGAGGCUGAGCUGGACAAGGCGCUGGAAGCCAAGUUGGACUUCAUCGUUAUAGAGCCGCCUCGGCUGGGCGACGAAACUGGUCGUUGGAUUUGGGUGGGCAAUUGCCUGCACAAGACGGCGGUGGCCACUGGAGUGGUUUCCCUGGUGGCCAGCUUGCUGUGGCGGGAUCGCCCCAUCAUUGCAGCUCCCGCUUGUGCACUCUCGAUUUUUUGCACAGGACUGUACACGGUUUCCUGGAACUACGAUCCAUGUUGUCAAUAUCAGGUGGAAAAUAAUGACACCGUGUUGGAGAAACUGCCACUGACAGAUGUCUCCUCGCCUGUGAUUUUGGGCUACUCGCCCAACUCAAAAACCAAAUACUUGCACCGUAGCGUAUCCUUGCUCUCGGCUGCCCUGUGCGCCUGGCAGAUUUGGAGGUCCUACAAGUAAGGGAUUUGCAGGAGCUCUGAAAUGUCCAGGUGCUGGAUUAGGCCUGUCCCCUGUCUCGCGGACGCGUAAUACCUAAUAAGUUAAGUUUAGGCACAUAGGCGAAUGCAUUUCUUUUAGAUUUUCGAACGAUUUUAACACAAUGUAUUGUCUUUCGUGAAACUUUUAAAUGUUCCCAUAAACCAGUGUCCAUGUCCAGUGUUCCCGUGGCUGCCACUUGCACUGGCUAGCAUGCUCAUAACUUAUUACGGUCCCCAAGCCCAAGUUAGUCUUAAGGGAGGAGCAGCCUCUGCACUGUAAAUUAAGCAAAGCCAACCUCUGUGUAUAAAGCGAAACCCAUUUAUGAUUGUUAUUAGAGUCUAGUUGAAGAUAUCAGCAAACGAAAGUCAAGUAAACGCGAUGCGAAUGUUACUCCCGGCUUUAAAGUUACUCCAUAGCUAAGAGAGUCUAAGAGUGAGUGCGAUAAGAGACCCCUUCGAAAUUCGUAGCUGAUGAUUUAAUGGAAAUGUUGUGCUUCAUGCGGGCUGGUUCUCUCCCUUGUUCUCGUCUCAGUCGUUUUGUGCAUUCUGCUGGCAGUGGUUGACAGCGGCGACUCCGAUCGAUCGAGUGGUGUGUUCCAGUGCGAUCCGGUAAGGAGCUGACCCACUCACAGCACCACCUUGAUGCCGAGGCUGCAGCCAGAGCGGUCUAGCCAUGGACUCCAGCCACAUAGCCGUGCGAGUGGCACGUCGUAGUCCCUCGCCGGCCGCCGUCUCUCAGUCGUCGUACGGCAGCCUGGGUUCCAGCCAAGAUAUACACAUUCGAGUGGACAAGGAAGGCGUUGCAAGCGAAUCCACUCCCUUGCUGGCAGCUGCUCAGCGGUCCAUCAAGACGUCCUCAUCCCUCACAGCCUCAGUCUCAGCCUCCUCCACGACGCCUUCGAAUUGCCGAAGGAACCCGACGCUCCACGAAGACUGCUUCAAUUGGCGCUCGGUGGGACUGCUGGUCAUGUGUGCAUCCGCCUUGGCACUGGCCGCCUAUUUGCUCUGGAGACAAACCCAAACGCCGGACUUUGGCUAUCGACUCAGUAUCGUGGGUCAUGGCAUAUGGUCGGAUAUGGAACUUCAGGGUCGGGGAACUCUUUUCGAUCCGAUCGGUGUCGGCACAGUGAUUUUUACCCACACUGGAAGCAAUGAAUGCCACGAUGAUUGCCCGGAUGUAUUGCAUAAGCUGGAAAGGUCGCAUGUGGGGGAGCUGCCCUACAACUUUCUGGUCGCCGGUGAUUGUCAGGUUUUCGAGGCACAAGGAUGGCACUAUCGGAGCCAGUAUCCAAGGGAUCUAAAUGGAAUAGACUCGUUGGUGAUGGCCUUUGUGGGUAACUUCAGCGGCAGACCACCCAUCGAUUGCCAGUUGAUGGCCGCCCAGGCUCUGAUCCUUGAGUCUUUAAAGCGUCGGAUUCUGCAGCCAAUUUACCAACUCUUCGUGUUGGGCAGCUAUACGGACGCACUGCAGCGGGAACUGAGGCACUGGCCGCACUACGCGAGCCACCAAACGUCCAAGUGAAGCAACAAAGAGAUGAUUCCAAAUUAUUCCUCUCGUUUAUUGUACGCCAAACACAAACACAGUAUACAAAGAAGCGCAGGAUGAGUAAAGCGGUUGCCACCGAUAAGCGAAUCAGGGAUCCCCAGGAUCGGGCGCUGGCCAGGAUCGGGGGACCGGCGAAGCGUUGCGCAUUGGGUUAAUUGAUUGGAUGUUGCCUAAGACUAAGGACUAUAAACUUAAACUACAACUGGCGAUCGGUUAGUCGAACUCCAGUUUCCGAAAGCUACCCUCGAUGGACUCGAUUUGUGAAACGAAGUUGGGUCCGCCGGUGGAGGCCUUUCCGGCAUUGAAGCUGCUGCGCCGCUGGAUGCCGCGAUCGGAGCGCAGUAUGCUCUUGUCCAGACCGAGAAUCAGGUCGCGCUUGGUCGCCAGCUCCUGCUUCCACAGCUCGAUCAUCUCGCGCAUGGGCACCUUGCCACCCAUUUCCAGCGGCAGACAGCCCUGGUCCACGCUCUUCAUCAGCUCCUUCUCGCUGCCGUAGAUGAUCAGGCGGUUCUUCAUCUUGGAACUGACGCGGUUCUUCACGAAAUCAAUAAGCCACUUGAGUGUGGAUGGUACAUUGAUCAGGUGGAUCUCCUUGUGACGCAUGGGCAGCGAUUGCUCACCCCACUUGAAGAUGCGGGCAAACUCCGUGGGAUUCCAGUUGGUCACAUGCGCCGUGGUCACGCCGGCGAAGUCGCCCACAUGCGUUAGCCCAGUGAUCUGUGUUUCCUGAUCCUCCAUCAAGCACUCGUAGGUGAGGAAGUGCGCCUUGGCCUGGUCGCAGCUUGUGUGGAUCUUCGGAUUUAGCCCCUUGGCAUUGAUGACCACCACGCGGCGACCGUGCUUGUCACGCUGUGGCACCGCAAAUAUGUAUCCCUGAUCGAUGAGGUCGCCGAGACGCGGCUCCAGAUAGUCCAGCUGGGUGCUCAUGUGCGGGAACGUCCUCCUGAUGUUCAGGUACUUGAGCAGCGUCUGCUCGGCCAUCGGCACACUGAACUUCUUGGCGCGCAGGAAGCGCAGCAGGAAGGUAUCGUCGCAUCGCACAUUCUGCAGAUCCUCGUUCUUGGCCACCCAGUUGCGCAGCUGCUCCAGCGACUGCUCCCGCGUGCAUCGAUCCUCGCGCAGCUCCCGCUUGGCGAUCUUCAGCAGCGCCUCUGGCAGGCCUGUCGUCUCCCCCUGAUCCUGCACCAUAUUCUGCUUUCCUUCUUCGCUGGAAGAUCUGCGAUUCGUUGGUUCUGCUCUGUGGUCACGCGAUUGGCAUGGACUGCGGUCACUACAAAGAAUGAUAAGAAGUCCACGGAUUAGUCGGGUUUUUUCUCAAAUCCACAUUGUAUGAUUAAUAUUUAUACUAUAUAUAUGUAUAUGUUCUUAAAGAGAUUGAAUUUACUUACUUACAUACUUGUAAAAUAUAUAAUUAAAUU